CAGCUUGUGACCAUGGGCAUUCCUACAGUGAUUUUCCGAGUAGCAGUCGCCGUUUUUGCCGUAACGACCACUGCAGCCGCAGGCAACACGACAGCGAGCCCAAGCUCCGCGGCCAAUUCAACGGCGAGCCCGACCAAGAACACGACGGCGCCAUUGCCGCUGUUUGGCACGAACCACGCCGUGGGCGACGGCACCGGGUGGUUCUUUGACUGGAAGGCGAACGCCUCUGUCGCCAACUACUCCGCCUGCGCUGUGAACCGCACCUUCUACCUCGGCGACUACCUCAGCUUCAAGACGGACACCGGCAACACGGUGGUGCACACGACGAACGCCACGGUCUACAAGCGCCGGCGUCGCGGCGAGCGGCGCCAGCGGGUGGAAGCCGGAGGGGGCGCUCCUCGCUGUGAUGCUCACGGCGGAGGGCGCCAACUACUUCUUCUCGAACGCCUAGAACGGGGAGCACUGCCACAAGGGGAUGCGGUUUCAGGUCAGCGUGGCGCGUGGCCGCGGUCUCCCGUCAGUGCCGCCGUCAUACUACGAGCCGCUCUCCGGCGAAGCGCCGGCGGGGAUUGUCGCCGUGUGGGUCAUUGCGAUGACUGCAGCCUUUGCUGCGUUUGUGUUUUCUUGAUUAUUAUUUAUUCACAACACAAAGUCAUCGCCGGCGUUUUGGGCAUGUUCUUUCCUAGCGUUGUCCUCAAGAAUAUUUGUAACACCAUGUUUUGUUAGACAAAGAAAAAUAGUAUCUUUGGCCUUGUUUAGUUCGUGAAUUUUUUGUUUGUAUUUA